AUGUCUGAUGUGACACUCUGCAACAUAUGUCAUAUUCAGGCUGCUUCUCAGGCCCACCUUAUCCAUAUCCACACUGAUGAGCAGAAUGAUGAGGCAAGUUUGAUGCCAACAGCAGAUGAGACAAGUUCAGUCAGUACAGUGGAUAAUGAGAUCAAUGAGGGCCUUGAGAGUGAGGUUAUUGCUGUUGGGGAUGCUUCGGAGGUGCAAACACAUGGGGUACAAUCAAUUGAUUUGUCUGAUCUUUCGGAUGAUUCUUCACUAUUCUACCCUAGUGUCUCAGCAAUAUUGGAGUUUGCUGACUGCAUUAGGGGUCUUGCACCUGAUGACUCAUCAGACUCACACUCAUUCUUAAUUUCUGCUGCAAUGCAGGAAGAUCUUGUGGAAAAACUCAAGGCAGAGAUCAUCUCCUGCUACAAUGAUGAUACCUCUCACAUUGCACUUGACAAAUUUUCCAGAGGAUUGUCAUUUUGGAUGUGGGUUACAAGGGAGUUUUUAUUUGGCAUGCUAGGCUCAUAUAUAUUUUAA